CUGAGCUGUCGCGCUCUAUUCUUCUUGGCUCUCCAAGCCCGCCAAAACAUUGGCUGACCUUGCCACAACUUGCCCAAUGUGGUUAGAGCUCUGUUUGGCAUUGUCGAGGCCUCUUUGAGCCUCUCUGAACCUUCCUCAAUCAUUUUCGAAGCUCAUUCAAUGCUGUCCGGAGUACUGUCCAGGAUAGUCUCCCCACUCCAGCCCAAACCUACAGCUGGCUGACCUUGUCACAGAUUCAAGUCUGCCACUAUUGACAGCUUAAUUGAGCCAUAUCCAUCGGGCUUGCCUUUCGAAGGCAAAUAUCUCUGGCUUCUCGCUCUUCGACACAAUGGCCACCCUCGCUGGCAUGCUCACCAAGCUGCCUGCAAACGCAAAUAUCUCUGACCUCCUCCUCACCAUCGAAAGCCCUCCCCCCAAACAUGAGCUGGAUACUCCGCCUGGCGCGGCCACUCCCAGGAUAUUUAAAGCAUUAUCCAAAGCUCCCCCACCCUCAUCGCAAUCCACCAACCAGCUCGACCAUAGAGCGCUCCUCUUCGACAUUGCUGCUCCCAGUCACCUUUCGACGCCAGGCAUGAGCACUCCCUGGGCGUUUUUGGUCGCGCCGCCAUACUCCCUAGCCAUUCCCAGGAUGUCUGGAAUGCACACCAUCUUGCGCACCUCAAUUUGA